GAGCAUUGUACACUUACCACAUCAAAAGUUACAUAUGAAAAAAAAAUUUCAGGAGACAUUAAUCUCAGUUUUAGGAUAACAAGUGAUAAAUAUUAUAGUUUUUAAAAUAUCAUAUUAGUUUUUGACUUUUUUUUAUUUGUUAUUAUAAUUUUUUAAGUUACGCACUAUUAACAUAAAGUAACUAAAUAUUGAUUAAGUGACAUAUAUGAUUUAUUGUGUGCCAAAAAUAAUACUGUAUAUGAUAUAGUAUAUAUUUUUAUUUUUUUAAUUAUUGAGAUUGUCAUUCGUCAAAUAUUUAAAUCCUAAAUUCUUAAAAUAUUUCAUCUAAUUAUCAUUUUUUUUUAAUUCCUUUUUAACAUUACCAUUGUUGAUUAUUGUCUACGUUCUUUAUUGAAAAUUUCACCAUUACAAUUGCUAUCGCCAUCUAAUAUUUUUCUGACACUUAAGACUUUGAUCAUUUUCUAUAUCAACCUUACUAGUUCGUUUCCAAAACAUAUCCAUUCCAACCUUAGCAACAUUGAUAUUUCUAACAACAAACUCAAAGGAACAUUAUUCACUUUCUAUUACCAUGCUUGAUAUUCUCAAAAUUUUGAAUCUUCUUCCAACGGACUCAAAGGUGACAUACCCUCUUCCAUUUGGGAUUAAAUUUUACUCAAAAAUCUCUCAUUAACUUUAAAUUCAUUUUUGAGAUCUAUUCUAAAAUUCAUUGUCGUCAUAUCAACUCAAUGGAAAUGGGUGAUUCUUUCAAUUCCCAACCAUGAAAAUUUCAAAGGUAUCCAUACAAUGGAAAUAAAAUGUUUGACAUGAAUAAGAAAAAGGAUGAGUAUAUGAAAAGUUUUAAAAAGUAAAUACUAAAAUGUUUGACAUGUAACAAUCUUAAGAACUAAAAUGAAAUAAAAAUAUAUAUCAUAUUGUAUAUGACGUUAUUUUUUACACGUAAUCAAUUACACAUAUCAUUAAGUAGUAAGUAGAAUGACUUUCUUAACUAUUCUUGUGUUGAGUUUUUGUUAUUUACAUUCAUUUUUAUGAUUAUAUCCAUAAUGUAUGUGUUGGUUUCUUGAAGUAGAAAUAAUGAGACUGCAAAAUUUAUUAAAGGAAUAUAAUUUUAAGUUAUUUUUAAAGAUUAAAUAAUUUAUUAAAAAUAAAAUAAAUAGUACAAAAAUUAAAAUACAUAAUAUUAUAAGAAAAAUUUCUAAAAAAUAAAUAAAAAACAGUUAAAAUAAUUUACCUUUAUUCCUGUAUACGAUUUUUAUUUUUAAAUUCUAAUAGAAUAUUUUUAUAUUUUCUUAAUUUUUCGUCGAUAAAUUAUACCUUCCAUUAAAAGAUAAUUUAUUAAAUUUAUUUUUAGGUUUUAAGUUUUUGUGAAUUAAAGAUGCUAAAGGUUUUAAGCAAAUUUUGUACAGUAGCACAUAUAUUUCAUUAAAAAUUUAAAUUAAAUAAUAUAACAAACUAAAAAAAAUAUUUUCUAAUCAAACAGCUUAAUUUAAUUUAAAAAGCCGACACAUUUAUUUUCAAAUAAAUUAUAAACUAACUUAUUUAGCGUUCUAAAUACACUCUAAAUAAAAUGUAACUGCUAAAAUAACAAUUAAACCUUAAAUAUUCAAGAACCAAAGAGGGGUUAAUUAGCAAGGUGUAAGCUGAGAUUGUUUUAACACGGGUAAUUUUCGAAAUGAAUGAAUCAGAUUCAGACUUUGGAAAGAGAGAGAGAAAGAGAGAUGAAGAAACGCUUACGUCCUCCAUGUACGACCCCAACAGUGAUUCUUACAUGAGAAACAAACCCUAAUCCUCACGGCACUUCCACACACAGAAAUUGUGAGAAAUAAUAGCUGCAAUUUUCAUCCUUCAAUCCGCAUUUCCUUUUUCAUGUGCCUUAUUGCUCCACUUACAUUGAUGGCUCCCCGUUCUUCCACCAUAUCUAAACCAUCACACGCUCACAAACCCAAAAAAAGACAAGAUCUUCAGUGACCCAUUAACCCAAACAAUCUCAAAACCCAGAAUUUAAUCACACCCACUUCCCAAAAUCCUUCCUUUUUGGGAACCCACCACCCCAUAUGCCCCAACACAACACACACAGUUCCCGUUUUCAUCUUCACUGUUACUGCUUCUUCUACUACCAUUAAUGGGUGUUGAGAAAAAAUGGCUCUUCACCCUCUUCACUGCAGCAUUUCUCUCCCUCAUCAUUCUCAUGCUCUCUUCCUUCACCUCACCUAUGCCUUCUUUUCCCUCUGUCGUGCACCAUGGUGUUCACUACCCUCCUUCAUUUGCCUAUUUCAUAGCCGGUGGCAACAAGGACAGUGACCGGAUCUUCCGGUUGCUGCUGGCAAUCUACCAUCCAAGGAACCGGUACUUGCUUCAUCUUGGAAUGGAUGCCAGGGAUGAAGAGAGGCAGAGGCUAGUUGCGGCCGUAAUGUCGGUGCCGGCGAUUCGGGCCUUCGGGAACGUUGACGUGGUGGGGAAGGCUGAUUAUGUGACCUACUUGGGGUCCUCCAAUGUUGCUAUCACUCUAAGGGCUGCUUCUGUAAUGAUGAAAUUGGAUGGUGGAUGGGAUUGGUUUGUGACCUUAAGUGCGCGUGAUUAUCCCCUUGUCACCCAGGAUGAUUUGUCACACGUUUUCUCUUCUGUUCGGAGGGACCUCAAUUUCAUUGAUCACACCAGCUAUCUUGGGUGGAAAGAAAGUGACAGAUUUCAGCCUAUUGUAGUUGACCCUGGACUAUAUUUAGCUAGGAGAAGUCAAAUUUUUCAAGCUACAGAGAAGCGGCAGACGCCUGAUGCAUUCAACCUCUUCACAGGUUCACCGUGGGUCAUCUUGAGCCGAUCCUUCCUAGAGUUUUGCAUCUUUGGCUGGGAUAAUUUACCUCGAACACUCCUAAUGUAUUUUACAAAUAUUAAGUUGUCACAAGAAGGUUACUUUCACUCAGUCAUUUGCAAUGCUCCAGAAUUCAAGAAUACAACUGUAAAUGGUGACUUACGAUAUAUGAUCUGGGACAAUCCUCCAAAAAUGGAACCACUCUCCCUAAAUGUAUCUGUAUAUGAUCAGAUGGUAGAAAGUGGAGCUGCUUUUGCUAGACAGUUUGAAGGAGGUGACCCUGUUUUGGACAUGAUUGAUGAAAAAAUCCUUCAGCGUAGGCAUAAUCGAGCUGUGCCAGGGGCAUGGUGCUCUGGCCGGAGGAGCUGGUGGGUGGAUCCAUGCUCACAGUGGGGUGAUGUCAAUGUUCUGAAGCCAGGUCCUCAGGCUAAGAAGCUUGAGGAGUCUGUUUCAAGCCUUCUUGAUGAUUGGAGCUCACAGGCGAAUCAGUGUCUUGCUGCCAGUGAAGAGACACAAGAAUAGAAACAUUUAAGGAAGCUGUGCAUUGUAGUGCACCCUGAUUCAUGGACCAGUUAAAGUUGCUAUUUACUUAAAGCACAUUCUUUGGCCAAUGUAAUUCAAUUUUUGGAAGGGGGUUGAUGGGACUCCUCCUUAGUGGCGGUUUUUGCUAGUAUAUCAGCAGGGUUAAAGUGGGGAAGGGAGGAUUGGAGUUUUGAAGGCUUAAUAUUUCUGGUGGAUCCUCUAAUGGCUUCAAUCCAUUUCAUUGAUUAUAUUAUCAUGUUGUAUGUACUAUAUGCUUCUCCAUCACCCUCACAGGGAUUCUAGACUGUUAGAACAGAAAGUUCAUUCUUUAUUAGAUAUGGUUGUCAUGUCAUUCUCCGUGCUGACUCUUUCCCCUUGCACCUGUUAAUAUUCUUUUCGGACAUUUGUUGUUAUCAAAGAAAUUAUUUAUGUUAAUAAGUCCGUUUGUGACCUUU